GCAGUUUAUGAGACAAUAGAUCGAGGCGAGAAGAGUUAGUUACAUUGUUGUUGUUUACGAUACUCGUAUUAGUUGCGCCAAAGGUUUAGGAAAAACAGCAGUGGAAGAUGAUGAAAACUACCUGGCUCUUGGUAGUUUUCACGUUAUUAGUGGUCCUUUAUCAAGCAACAGCAGUUCCUGUAGCAUCAUCUUACAAAUUAGAAAAUGAAAAUUUUAUGGACGUAAUGGAGGCUAAGGAGGAAUCUGAAGAGGCCAGUGACGACGACAAGGCCAAGGAUGAAGAGGAUGAGGAAGCGACCAAGGAAGAUGAAGAAAAAGAAAAUGAAGCUAAAAACGACGAAGAAGAUAAGGAUGAUGAAGACAAAAAGGAAGACGAGGAGAAGAAAGAUGAUGAUGACAAGAAGGAAGAUGAAGAAAAUAAGGAUGAUGACGAUAAAAAGGACGAGGAAGAGAAGAAAGAUGAUAAAGAAGACGACGACGACAAAGAAGAGGAACCUGAUCUCAAUGACCAACAGAACGAUGAAGACUCUUCUGGAGAGGAAAAUGUAGAUCUGGAUUCCGAGCAUUUAGUACUUCAAGGAAGCGGUAGUGGAAAAAUCAAAGGAGUUGUGAUUGAAGAUUCAGACAAAGAGAAGGACAAACCCGAAAAGCGUUCCGUGGACGAUGACAAAAAGGCAGUGAAGAGCACACAAGAAAAACGUUGCGGAUGCGGGUGCUUGGGAUGUGGAGAUUCCUUCGAUUCUGGCGGCUGUGAUUUCAUGGGAGGCUACGGACCAGGAUGUGGAUGCGGAGGAUGCGGAGGAUGCGGAGGAUGCGGAGGAUGCGGAGGAUGCGGAGGAUGCGGAGGAUGCGGAGGAUGCGGAGGAUGCGGAUGCUGUGGACCAAACGACUGGUGUGCCCCCGGUACAAUGUGCUCCAACUGCAAAGGAGGAUUCGGUCCCCCAGUCACUUGCUCAGGGUGCAAUACCGGUUGCUGCCCAAGCCUAACAUUUCCCUGUCAAUUUGGCGCUACUGUGAACAAUCCUGGUUGUGAAUGUUGUAAAGAAAAGACCCCACCUGGAAAGUGCAAGUGGCCAUGCAUGUGGCCCUGCUGCUGCACCUGCACACCACCUCAAUUUGAUUUCAAACCACUGAAACCUGAACCAGUGUGUCACUGCCCAUCACCACACAGUCACCACACAGCCUGUGGACAUCACUGUUUAAGAAGAUCAAGCAAGCGAGGUCCUGUGAAACGCAGUUUGAUGGUAGAACAGCGAUCUCCUUUCAUGCCGGUUCCAUACAAUCAUGGUUAUGCACCAUUCUACCACCCGUUCUUCAAAGGAGUACCAGUGAUGCCUUUUCCGAGAGCAUUUUAAACUGAUCAACAAGAUCUCAUUACUUCAAAAGAAGCCUUGGAUUCGGAGAGAUCAAAAACACACAGCAUCACUUCAGCUCGCCUGAGGCAACAUGGAGCAAAUAUUGAACACAUCAAUGCCUUAUUGAAAUAAAUAUUUUUCGUCUCGAAGAAAACGUUUUCGAUAGCUUUGCACGCAAAAAGCCUGGUCAAUAAAUUAAGCAAAAACUGUAAAAUG